AUGUAGAAAAUCAUGGAUUUGUUGGUAAUUUUAUGUGGAAUGCAGAACGGGGAAAUAGCUUUGAAAUGAAGAUGGAAACCGCUGAAUCGAAAUAUUCACACUGGUUUGAAGGUGCUGAACCACUAUGGAUUACUGCAGUAAAACAGGAAAAGAGAACACAUAUGUUUGAGUGGCCUGGCGGACAUAUUCCAAACAAUGGAACGACAUCUACAUUUUACGAUGAAAUGGGCGUUGAUGAUUGGCCAAUGAUUUCCCAUAUGAUGAAGAAUUUAAAGAAAGCUUUCAACCUAUUCAAAACUGAUAAGAUAGACAUGGCAGGUGUAUUCGUGGAUGUAGUAGAUGAUGGGGGACACAGUUAUGGUCCUAACUCUAACGAGUUAAAAGACAUUAUCAGACAAACAGACGACGCUAUCAAACAAAUGUUAGACAUGAUAGUACAGGAAGGUUUGGAGAACAAAGUUAAUAUAGUUAUAUUUUCUGACCAUGGAAUGACCGAAAUUUCGGAGUCUCGAACGAUAGAUAUAUCAGAUCAUAUUGGCAGCCCGGAUGUAGAAGUGGUCAGGGAUAAAGGUGCUGUAUGUAGCAUAUGGCCAAGAGAAGGAAAAUUAGAAAAAGUGUAUUCUAAUCUCCAGCAAAUGAACAACAAGCAUAUAACAGUGUACAAAAAGGAAAAUUUACCAGAAAGAUGGCAUUAUAAACAUAAUCAAUUAGUAGCACCCAUCAUUGUUGUAGCAGAGCUUGGUUGGUACAUUUUAACUCCUUCAGGGCAGAGCAUAGACAAAUAUAGAGCCGGGCCUGCAAAAGGACAUCAUGGAUAUGAUAAUGCAGAAAAAGAUAUGCGUGGUAUAUUUUUAGCUUUUGGCCCAGAUUUCAAGAAAAACUUUCAAAAUGGGCCUGUUAAAGCAGUAGAUAUCUAUCAAGUAAUGUGCAAAGCACUGAAAAUACAACCUCUUCCACAUAAGGGCAACUGGUCUAGUGUCAAAGAUAUAUUUAUUUGAAAAUAGUGUUCAACCUUUUUUAGUUUUA